GUAGCUCUCCUGUGCGCUCGGCUGUUUGCAUUGUGUCUGAACUGCCGGCGAGAGCUUUGAAAAAAACAGAAAGAUCUCAUCCCCACCGCGGCAAUGUCGGGCAGGUCGGUCCGAGCGGAGACCCGGAGCCGGGCGAAAGAUGACAUCAAGCGGGUCAUGGCCGCGAUUGAGAAAGUACGGAAAUGGGAGAAGAAGUGGGUGACGGUCGGCGACACGUCUCUCCGUAUCUACAAGUGGGUGCCGGUGACGGAGCCCAAAUCGGAUGACAAGAACAAGAAGAAGGGCAAAGACGAGAAGUACGGCUCCGAGCUGACGACCCCAGAGAACAGCUCCUCCCCGGGGAUGAUGGACCUGCACGAUGACAACAGCAACCAGAGCUCCAUCGCCGACUCGUCUCCGGUGAAACAGGAGAACAGCUGCAGCACCAGCCCGGCGCCGGAGGCCGCGUCCCGCAGCGAGAGCAGCGAGGCCAAGCCGGACCAGAGCCCGGACAGCAAGCGGGGUAAGACCCCCCCUUCACCAGAGACCUCGGAGAGAGCGCCAGGGGCCAAGCGAGGAGACGGGGGCGUGUCCUCGGGGGAGAAGGAGCCUUCAGAGGGGAAAGCCACUCAGGUAGCGACGCCGCGGGGAGUUCAAGUACCCCGGGAACAACACGUGCUUUCAGUUCAAUGGCGUUCCCUAAAUGAAGCAUCCAUGUAUUCCUCUGUGUUUACUGUGUUUCUGUGUCUUCGCCCUGCAGGACCAGGAGGAGGCCCCGCCCACCAAGAAGAGCAAAGGGGAGUCUUCGUCUCAGGACUUCGAGGAGAGCUAAAUGUCAGCGGUCGUUCCUCUCCCCCCCCCCACUCCUCUGCCACGGAGGCAGAAUGGAUGUGACCUCUAUUCGCUGGCCCCCCUCUGUCUUCCUUCCAGUCCUCCACACUUCUUUCACCAAUGCCAAGAGAAGCUCCGAGCCCCCCCCCGCCCCCUGAGGGAGGCUGCAGUCCCCUGUGUGACCAGGAGGGGGAGGAGCCACCGCCAGACCUGCACCUGUGACGAGAGAGUUCCCCCCGGAGUCGGAGUGGACCCGGCCGCUGACCUGAGACCCUCUGGAACGUUUUAACUGGCUCAGCUCAGGAGGCUACGCUGGUCUCAGGUCAGCGGCCGCGGGGGGGGUCCGCCUCCUGUUAGUCUGAUGUUCUGUUUGUCUCGGAGUCGUUUCGGGGUUCUUUCUCAGGAGGUCAAAGCACUGUUACGUCUCGGUGGGCGCGGCUCGCUGCUGGAGCGUCUUCCUCUCUGGGAGUUCUCCACGCAGAGGAAGAGGAGGGCGGCGCCGGUGGUGCCUUCAGUCGGGUCGAGCAGCUUCUGGUGCCAUGUUUUCUUCUUGUUUUCUGCCUUAUAAUAAUCACUAAUUAGUGUUCUCCAAUAUUUAUCAUCCACUGCAACACUUUUGUUUUAUUUUGAAGGGACGGUUCAACAUGUCGACACGAGAAGCUAGAGGACACUGUUAGCUUAGCUUAGCAUAGAGACUUGAAACGAAGGGGAAAGCUAGCCUGGCUCUGUCCAAAAGGGGAAAAUACAGCUAAUUGUUCCUACUAAUCCGUUUUUUAAUGCGGAUUAAAUGUUUUUAAUUACUGAGCUUCAGAGGAUUCGGCUGAAUUAUCACGUUACAGAUUGUUUGAUUUCUACAGAAAAAUCCCUCAGAUUUUCUAAAACCUAAAACGUGUAAAUUGGCGACACUUUUCUUCUUUUUCGACUUGAUGCUAAGCUAACACAUUUGUUUUAUUUUGAAAGGAUGGUUCAAUAUCUCAACGUGAGAUGAAAAAAAGAUGUAAAGCUGGUUAGCUUAGCUUAGCAUAGAGACCUUAAACGAAGGGGAAAGCUAGCCUGGCUCUGUCCAGAGGAACACCCAAACCUAAAACGUGUUAAUUGGCGAUCCUUUUUUUAAUUAGCUGUUUUUUUGACUUGAUGCUAAGCUAAGCUAACCCCCCUCUGGUUCCCACCGCCUGUGUAUCACGACUCCUCCACGACAGAAGGGUUCUCACAGUGCGGGUUCUCGUGGUUCUCGUGGUUCUCGUCCUCCUUCAAGGUGCUGCCUGUGACCUCUAACGUACGACCUCUCCCAUGUUCACGUUGAGUUUCAUUAAUAUUUACUCGUGAGUAUGGAUUGACUUCAUGACACAACAGGGGCUAUCAAGAAGUACUUUCACUUUCAGAGAAUCAGCGUUCAGUGGAUGGAGAGAGAGAGAGAGAGAGGAUGGAUUAGCAUAUACCUCAUUCCCAGUCCAGCGGCGCUGGAACUUAAAAUGCUAUUGUAUUGACAUUAACAAUUAUUAAACAAAGCAUUAUGUGAACUCAGUUAAACCAACAAUAGAAACUCACUGGUGUCGGUUAGUUUGCUCAUAACUUUUAAAUAAAAUAAUCGUGAGCUGUGAGAUAUACAAUAUUGUAUUUUAUUUUUUUCCCCGGGACCAUUUUUUGUUUGACUUUAGAAUCUUGUACAGAUUUCUGGUUUUGGUUUGACUUAUUUAUUCCAUCAGUAGUGCUCGGUUUUUAUCAUGUCAUGGUUUUGUUUUCUUAAUAAAAAUCACAAAAGCUU